AUGAAAAAAUGGAUGUGUUUGGUGAUGGUGUUGUUAAUAUCGUUGAAAUCAACUGAACAAGGCUUUGGAGUUAAAGCUGCAGAAGAAGUAACAUACGAUGGAAGAUCCCUUAUCAUCAAUGGCCACAGAAAUAUUCUCUUCUCUGGUUCUAUUCAUUACCCCCGCAGCACCCCUCAGAUGUGGGGAGACUUGAUAGCGAAAGCAAAACAAGGAGGAUUGGAUGUUAUACAAACGUAUGUGUUUUGGAAUCUUCAUGAACCUCAACCCGGCAAGUAUGAUUUCAGCGGCAGAUAUGACUUGGUGAGAUUCAUAAAAGAAAUUGAAGCUCAAGGACUCUAUGUUUGUCUUAGAAUUGGACCCUUCAUUGAAAGUGAAUGGACAUAUGGAGGAUUCCCAUUUUGGCUACAUGAUGUCCCUGGCAUUAUUUACCGAACAGACAAUGAGCCAUUUAAGUUCUACAUGCAAAAUUUUACAACAAAAAUUGUGAAUAUGAUGAAAGAAGAGGGUUUAUAUGCUUCACAAGGAGGCCCAAUUAUAUUGUCACAGAUUGAAAAUGAAUAUCAAAACGUCGAAAGAGCAUUCGGUACCGCAGGAUCACACUAUGUUGAAUGGGCUGCGAAAAUGGCAGUAGGCCUUAAUACGGGCGUACCGUGGGUUAUGUGCAAGCAAACAGAUGCUCCUGAUCCUGUGAUAAAUACAUGCAAUGGUAUGAGAUGUGGAGAAACUUUUACAGGACCAAACUCCCCUAAUAAGCCUGCAAUGUGGACAGAGAACUGGACAUCAUUCUAUCAAGUGUAUGGUGGAUUGCCAUAUAUACGGUCUGCUCAAGACAUUGCAUUUCAUGUCGCUCUUUUUAUCGCAAGAAACGGAAGCUUUGUCAAUUACUAUAUGUAUCAUGGUGGAACAAACUUUGGGAGAACGGGUUCGGCUUAUACUAUAACAGGUUAUUAUGAUCAAGCACCGCUCGAUGAAUAUGGUUUGUUCAGACAACCAAAGUAUGGACAUCUCAAGGAGUUGCAUGCUGCAAUCAAGUCUUGUUCAACCACUUUAUUACAAGGAGUGCAGAGGAAUUUCUCUUUAGGUGAAUUGCAGGAAGGUUAUGUUUUUGAAGAAGAGAAUGGAGGAUGUGUUGCAUUCCUUAUAAACAAUGAUAUACAAAACAAUGUUACUAUCCAAUUUCGCAAUAGUUCAUAUGACUUGCUCCCCAAGUCAAUAAGUAUCUUACCAGAUUGUCAAAGUGUGGCUUUCAAUACUGCAAAUAUCAGUACAACCAGCAACAGAAGGAUCAUAACUUCAAGACAAAAUUUCAGCUCAGUUGAUGAAUGGCAACAAUUUCAAGAUGUGAUUCUGAACUUUGAUGACACUUCAUUAAGAUCAAACUCAUUACUUGAGCAAAUGAAUACAACUAAAGACACUUCUGAUUAUCUUUGGUAUACUCUUAGGUUCGAAAACAAUUUAUCUUGCAGUGCUCCAAUACUUGUUGUUCAUUCUGCUGCUCAUGUUGCCCAUGCUUUUGUGAACAACACUUUCAUCGAAGGUGUGCAUGGAAACCAUGAUGUGAAGUCAUUUACAUUAGAGGUUCCGGUUAUAUUAGACGAAGGAACAAACAACAUCUCGAUUCUCAGCGUUAUGGUCGGACUUCCAGAUUCGGGCGCAUUUCUAGAAAGAAGAUUUGCUGGUUUAAUGAAUGUAGAACUUCAGUGCAGUCAAGAAGAGACUCUUAAUUUGAACAACUCUACAUGGGGAUAUCAGGUUGGAUUAGUUGGAGAGCAAUUAGAAGUAUAUGAAGAACAAAAUAGCAGAGACGUUAAAUGGACUCAACUAGGGGAUAUCAUGAUUGAUGAAACUACUCUCACUUGGUACAAGACAACAUUUGAGACACCGGAAGGAGAUGAGCCUGUUGUGUUAGACCUUAGCUCAAUGGGAAAAGGUGAGGUUUGGAUAAACGGACAAAGCAUUGGUCGCUAUUGGAUUUUGUUUCAUAAUUCCAAAGGCUAUCCUUCACAAUCAUUGUAUCAUGUUCCUCGGUCUUUCCUUAAAGACAGUGAAAAUAGUUUGGUUUUGUUUGAGGAAGGUGGUGGGAACCCUCUUGGUAUCUCAUUGAAUACAGUUUCAGUUACAGAUUUACAAGAUGAUUUUUCUAAGUUAUCACUUCCCACUUUUACUUAA